AUGACUUUGGCGACGAGGCAGAAACAGCCAUACUUUGGUUUAACGGGAGGAUGGCUUACGUUCUGGGUUACAGUUGCUUGCGCAACAGACAUGUCCCUAUUUGGCUAUGACCAGGGUGUUUUUAGUGGUGUUGUUAUCUCACAGAACUUUCUCGAGGUCCAUGAUCUGGUCGGGCCCACGAAGACCAAAACACUUUCCACAGUGACCGCUAUCUACGACAUCGGAUGUUUCUUUGGCGCCAUCAUUGCAUUCACGAUCGGAGAGUCUCUUGGACGGAAGAAGUCAAUUCUGAUCGGAACCACUAUUAUGGCUGUUGGUACCGUCCUUCAGGCAAGCUCGUUCAGCUUAGAGCAGAUGUUUGUUGGACGAGUUAUACUAGGAAUUGGCAAUGGAAUCAAUACUGCCACAGCACCCAUCUGGCAAACGGAGACAUCACAGUUAAAAUGGCGUGGUAAACUAGUCGUUCUUGAGAUGAUGAUGAACAUUGCUGGCUUCUGCCUCGUCAACUGGAUCAACUACGGAUUUUCAUUCGUCGGUGGCGCCGUCGCCUGGCGCUUCCCGCUUGCCUUUCAAUUUGUGUUCAUCUUUAUUCUUGUGUUCACCACGCCCUGGCUCCCAGAGUCUCCUAGGUGGCUUCUUGCUCAUGGGAAGGAAGACGAAGCUAUUGAGGUUCUCAGCUGCCUGGAAGCGAAACCAAUUGACGACCCAUUCAUCGUUGCGCAGUGUCGCGAGAUCAACUUCAGUGUACGCUACGAGCGUGAAAAUGCUAUCCGAUGGAGGGAUCUCUUCAAGACAAAUAAUGCAAACGACACUAAAACCCUCCGAAGACUUGUUCUUGGCGCUGGAAGUCAAUUCAUGCAGCAAUUUGGAGGCAUCAAUAUUAUGUCUUACUAUUUGCCCACAGUACUCAUCAAUUCUGUCGGCCUUAGCGAUGAGCUCGCCCGUUUACUAUCUGCGUGUAAUGCCCUGUCAUACUUGGUUUUCUCUGGCAUCGCGGUGCUCCUAGUUGAAAAGGUCGGUCGCCGAGGCCUGAUGCUUAUUUCAACCUUUGGCCAAUUCGCAUGUUUCUUAAUCAUCAGCAUUCUGCUCUGCUUUUCCGAGUCGAGCGCCCAGGGUGAGAAAUAUGCGUCGGCAUCAGUCGCAUUUUUCUUCCUUUACUACGGAGCCUUUGGUAUCGGAAUGCUGGGCAUUCCAUGGCUGUAUCCGACCGAAAUCAACUCGUUGCCAAUGAGAACAAAGGGAGCCGCUGUCGCGACCGCUAUGGACUGGAUUACGAACUUUGUUGUUGUCGAGAUUACACCAAUUGGAAUUCAAAAUCUGGGUUGGAAAUUCUGGAUCGUUUGGACUGUAGCCAAUGCUUCUUUCCUGCCGGUUCUUUACUUCUUCUAUCCCGAGACGGCCAAUAGAAGCCUGGAAGAUAUGGACGCAUAUUACAGAUCUAAUCCGCCUUUGAUCGUUACCAAGGAUCCGGAUGCCAUUUCUCGACACCGCCCUAUCAAAUAUAUCCAGCAUGAAAUCACGAUUGUUGAGAAAACGGCUGCUGGCCUGGGUUACCCAUCGGAUGGGGUAGUGGAUCAUGUUGAACGACUUGAUGAAGAAAAGGGCAAGGACUGA